GUGCAUAUAGACUUUGAUGGCCGAGUCGAUUGGAUCGCGGCUGUACAGCUGCUACAGAUGCAGAAACCAUGUCUCCUUUCAUGAUGACAUAAUUUCCAAACGUUUUCAGGCAGGGAACGGGCGAGCAUUCCUAUUCUCCCGUGCAGUGAACAUUCUUGUUGGGCCUAAAGAGGACAGGCAUCUUAUGACCGGUCUACACUCCGUGGCGGAUAUAUGGUGCUCCAGUUGCGGGGAGGUGUUGGGUUGGAAGUACGAACGAGCUUAUGAGGAAGCACAGAAGUACAAGGAAGGGAAAAUUGUGCUUGAAAAGUACAAAAUUGUUAAGGAAAACUGGUAG